AUGGCGUCCGGCAUGGCGUCCGGCUCAGGCUGUGGAGGCUGCGGGCUCGGCCGUUGCUGUGGGCUCGUGCUCGGGUGCAGACCCUUUUCCCUGUUGGUUUUAGGGAACCUGGAAUGGCUGGACAAGAACAAAACCAGUUUUCUGAUCAUGUGGAGGAGACCCGAGGAGUGGGGAAGGCUCAUCUACCAGUGGGUGUCGAAGAAUGGCUUGACCAACUCUGUGUUCACGCUGUAUGAGUUGGCCAGUGGAGAUGAUACAGAGAACGAAGAGUUCCAUGGCUUAGAUGAGACUAUGCUGCUCCGCGCCCUGCAAGCCUUGCAGCAAGAGCACAAGGCUGAAAUUAUCACGCUGGACGAUGGCCGAGGCGUCAAGUUCUUCUGA